AUGUGCCUCUUCGAGGUAUACAUUGCUGAAUUCGAUUCUGCUGAGGCAAAUUCAACACUCCCAUCCAUUUUGAAAGAUCGUCGCCAAGCAAUCUUCGGUAACUAUGAAAAGCUGUACGCUUUCCACUCAGAGAAGUUUUUCCAUGAACUGUCCAAGUACGAAGAUGAUCCAGAGGAAGUUGGUUGUUCGUUCACAGUUUGGGUGGAUUAUCUCAAUGAGCUUUACACCGACUAUUGUGUGAAUAUGGAGCAAAACAACCAUGUAGUCGCGUUACCUGAAGUGAUGUCAUUCUUUGAGGAAGCUUAUGAUGUUGUAAAGAGUCUUCCUCGCCGUGUCAAUGAUAUUAUUCACUUCAAUGGACUCGAGAAGGACAAGCUGGGUGUCGUGGGUCCGUUCGUUAUGCAAGAUCUACUGACAGUCUGGGAACCGAGAAACUAUUUCAACAAGGCCAAGGGGAAGGAUCGACAGGUUUUCCUCUUCGAGCAAGCUAUAGUUAUCGCGAAAAAGGUGGAAUUCACGCCGAAGAAUGUCAAGUACAUAAUCAAAGGGAAGCCUAUUCCUCUGGCUGAUGUCUCCGUCGUGGAACACGUGGAAGGAGAUCCCUGUCGCUUUGGACUUCGUGUUUCGUUUUUUCCUUUUUUUUUGUGCCUGUUUUUACGACUUUUUCUUGUUGAAUCUUUAUAUUUUUUGUACAAAAUGUUAUUUCAGGUUGGUACGGUCGCCAGUAAUGAGAAUCGCAUCGAUUUACGAAGUGCACCGCAGCCAAAGGAAGAUGUAAAGAUCAUGUGGGUGAAGCGGAUUCGUGAACUCACCCAGACACUUUUGCCUCUCAGUAUGUUUUUUGAUCUUAUUUUUUUGUUUACCUUCCCGGACUAUUUGCACUCACUGCUGACGAGUUCUUUCAUUUUGCUGUGGACUAUUUAUUGA